AUGAAGAAUGGUGCUUGGUUUUGGCCUUAUGCCCGGUCAGAUGAUCUUGUUGAGAUUCAAAGUCAACUCCACACAGUUGAGGUUGGAGAUGCUGAUGAGCCAGUGUGGAAUUCUCGAAGUGGCAUAUAUAAGUGCUCGGACACUUGGGAAAAAUUGAGAGAGGUGCAUCCGGUAGUUGAAUGGUGGAAGAUUGUUUGGGCUCCUGCUUCUAUCCCUCGGCAUUCUUUCAUGCUUUGGCUAGUUUUCAGGGAUGCUUUGAUCACUAAACAACGCAUGUGUUGCUGGGGUUAUUCAGGACAGAUUCUCUGUCCUUUCUGCUAUGGAGCUCAAGAGAGCCGUGAGCAUCUUUUUUUUAGGUGCAGUUUCAGUAGGCGGAUUUGGACUGAAAUCAUGGCUGAGUGUUCUUUUUACAAUGUGCCUUUGGAUUGGGAUGAUAUUGUAGUCUGGAGCUUGAAGGUGAUGCAGGGGAAAAGUUUAAGAGCAGUUUUGGGUCGACUGUGUUUUGGAGCUACUGUAUACCAUAUAUGGAAGCAGAGGAACGACCUUUUGCACAAUAUCACUCCACGCACGGAGGAAGCAAUUUUGACUCGUGUUAGGUGGGAAGCUCGAGUGAAGAUUGUAGCAAAAUGGAAGAUCAGCCAUUUCAGGAAGAAUAUGAACCUUGUUGCUAAAUGGAAUUUGCAUUUUCUGGAGUGA